CAAGAAAGCAUUGGCACUCUUGACAGUCUUGUGGAUUCGCUGGAUGCAAGGAUACAUCUGUGCUGUGAGAUCGUUCAUGUCGGAUCUCUGCUAUUUAGUGCUCACCCACGCGUGACAAUGGCGACUCGACGACGGCAAGGCGGAUCUGGGAAGUCCGGAAGUCUACCAUUGCCAUCUGGUGGAUCGAAAAGUGAUAAAAAGCAUGGAUCAUCAAUGUUUGGCAUUGUUGUGGCAUUGCUACUCGUGUCUGCAAUUGGGGCUGGCAUCUUUCUAUUCCGGAACGAGAUACUAUUAGCUGUUAAUGACCCUCAAUAUCAAGAGCAUUCUGAGCCAGCUGCACAGUCUGAAGAAGCUUAUGCUGAGAAGAAUGAUCUUGAUGAACGUAUCGAGCCAGUGGGGGCGCAGGAACAGAUCCCUGAGCCUGAUGUGGCGAGUAACGCUGCUGAUAGGAAUCAACAGGAAGAAAGGGAGGAAAGAGCAGUACUGGAUCAAUCUGAUGCUGGUACAGUCGUUCAGGAUACUGCUGCGGACACCCCAAGCCAGGAGAACAACGAUCGGUUGUUCACAGUGCAAGAGCUUAAACAGUACGAUGGCAGUGAUAGCUCAAAACCUAUAUAUCUGGCCCUCGUUGGUCAAGUGUUUGAUGUCACCAAGGGAAAGCAGUACUAUGGCAAGGACGGCGGCUAUGGAUUUUUCUCAGGCCGUGAUGGCACACGCGCAUUCGUCUCCGGUGACUUCACGGAAGUUGGUCUGACUGACAACGUCACUGGCCUGGACAAUGCAAACAUCAUCGGCAUCGAAGACUGGCUUUCUUUCUACCAUAAAGACUAUACUUAUGCAGGCAAGCUUGUUGGAACGUACUAUGAUGAACACGGUCAACCUACAGCCAGAUUGGAAGAGUACAAUCAAAUGUUGGAGGUGGCUCAAGGUGCCAGCCUGCAAGCGGAGGAGUUUCGUCGCUUGUUUCCACCGUGCAAUUCUCACUGGGCGCAGGGAAAGGGAGGCACAGUCUGGUGCAGCAAGGAAAGUGGUGGUAUCAAGCGUGACUGGGUCGGUGUGCCGCGCAAGUUCUACAAGGCCGGCGGGACAAACUAUCAAUGCGUGUGCGUCCGCACGACCGGUUCGCCGAGCUUGGGAGAGGACGAUCAGCGCAACAUUGGCGAUCUUGGUAAUCCAAACAUGCGAGCCUACGAUUAUUGUCACCCCGACUCUGCUACCUGUGCUAUCAAAGACUAAGUCAAUUCAGUUUAGUUGAAACACCACACAUCGGGGAGGACACCCAUAGUGUUGCAUUCAACCUUGCAUGUGUUUUUUUGCAGACAUAUGAACUCAAUGUGCCAUAACUUCUUUGGCCCAUUCAUUUUUUAGUUUUACCCAGGAAAGGCUGGUCCUGCGUCCUUCUAGUCUGCAUGUUAUAUUUGUAGGUAGAUGGCCUCUUUUUUGAAGCAUUUUUGUUAGGAAACUGUAUUUUCUAUUUCUGCUUUAACUAAAAUGGGUCCUUCAUCAACUUUUGGUUGCUUUCUGUUUUCGUCUAGCACCAGAUGAAAUGUUUCAUACUUUAAUAUUGA